AUGGCGCGAAAAUUGCUCCUACGUCAAAUUCGAGAACUAAAAUCGUUGAGAAAAUUCUCAACAAGUAGCUUUUUAAAGAAAAAUGAGGAGUUUAUUAUAAAAUCGCGUCUUUCUGACGUUGUGAUUCCUAAUAUGCGGUUUUUCGAUCGUCUUUGGGUAGAUUUCCCAUCUUUUCAGAAUCAUGUUGCUAUUGAAUGUGCAGAAACAAAGAAAAGUUACACGUAUACACAAAUCAGGAAACAUACGUCGGUAUUCGCAACGUCACUGCUGAAGAAAUUGGGCUUAAAAGAAAAUGAUGUCGUUUGCUCUCUCCUACCGAACAGUCCGGAAUUCACCGUCAUCGCUUUUGGAACUAUUCAGGCUGGAUGUAUUUUUAGCCCUAUUAAUCCUAUUUAUAAAGAAAUUGAGAUCAGCCAUCAAGUAACCACCACUAACCCAAAAGUAAUUGUAACAAUACCUGAAUGCUAUGAACAUCUUAUAAAAGGGCUUAAAUUAGCUAAAAGUGAAGCAAAGGUAGUUAUCGUGGAUGAUCCAAGCAAACCGAUACCUGAAGGAACAAUACGGUAUACAGAUAUCGCAGAAAAAGGAGAUGUUGAUUUUAAUUUAUUAGAUAAAAUUGUUAAAAAUAAUGAAGACACUGCCCUAAUUCCAUUCUCAAGUGGUACCACAGGUCUGCCUAAAGGCGUAGAAAUUACUUAUAAGAAUUUGUUUGCUGCCAUAGAUAUUAUGGGCAGAGCUGAGAAUAGAUUUCCGAUGUUAACGAAUGGUGAUUUACAAGAUGUAAUACCGUGUAUACUACCGUUCUUCCACAUCUAUGGGAUCAUAAUAACGCUAAUCGGUCAUUUCGUUAACGGGUGCAAGCUGAUUUCAAUGCCUAGAUUUUCAACUGCGACAUUUUUCGAUGUUCUGAAAAAUCAAAAUCCGUCUAUUUUAUACGUUGUACCUCCUAUUGCCAUACUUCUCGCAAAACACCCCGAUGUGACGAAAGAUUACUUUAAAAACGUACGGAAUAUUAUAUGUGGCGCCGCCCCACUGUCCGCUUCUGAUGCUUUAGCCUUACUGGAAAAAGGAAAUGGUAAAGUAGAGUUUAAUCAAGGCUUCGGAGCAACAGAAACUACGUCACUAGCAACAACUACGUUUAAGGGAACGAAAAAUAUAGAUUAUUCAGCUUGUGGGGAGCCGAUGGCGGGUACAGAACUAAUGUUCAUAGAUACCAACGGCAAUCCAGUUAAAAUUGGCGAGUCUGGAGAGCUCUGCAUUAGAUCACAUACAAUUAUGAAGGGCUAUUACAAAAACGAGAAAGCGACAAAGGAAACUAUGACGGAUGACGGCUUCUUCAAAACUGGGGACUGUGGGCAUUACGAUCCUAAAUACGGUCUAUUCGUUACUGAUAGAAUAAAGGAACUUAUUAAGGUAAAGGGAAUGCAAGUAGCGCCGGCAGAAUUAGAAAGCAUACUCCGAUCUCACCCCGCCGUACAAGAUGCGGCGGUUAUAGGCGUCCCUCACAUCUUCAAUGGAGAAGCUCCAAAAGCAUUUAUAAUUAAGAAAAACGGCCAAAACGCCUCGUCAGAAGAUAUACAAAGUUUUGUGGCAGAGAAAGUGGCCUCUUUCAAGAAGAUAGAAGAAGUCGUAUUUGUAAAUGACAUCCCGAAAACGACUUCAGGGAAGAUAUUACGAAAAGAAUUAAGGAAAAUGUACGCG